UACUGUGCAUAUGUUCAUGUACACAGGUACAUGUCAUCUACCGACUAACCCCUCUGCUAAUGCAUCUCAUCCAGACAUCACCCCCCCGAGUUCGCAUGCUCCUGCUCUAAACUCAGCCCUGCGCCCAUCGUCUCCGCAUCGCCCUCCCACACUGGGGAACGCCCGUGCGAGCUGGCCUUCACCGCCUCGAGCAGCCAAAGCAACCUCUGCCUGUGUCAUGCCCACGCCCACGCCCACGCUUAUGCCCUUUCUUUUUCUCGAGACCUGCCCACCAUCCCGCUGCUCCGCCAUGACCCAGCGUGUUUCGUUGACGAAGAAUUGAGACCCUGCUUUUUUUGAACCCCUUCCCUGAACCCUUCCCCGCUAAGCAUGCCAGCCCCGGACAUACGAGUCCUGCUGCCGCUGUGUGCAGCACAGUCGAUUCCUUCACCUUGAUCAUGUCUCUUCAUCGUGUCCGGCACAGGGAAAAGUACGGCCGAUUGGUUUGUUACACCACUCAACGAUUAGCGAGCGUCCUAGCUCCGAUCGAUGACCGCAUGCACUCAACCAUGCAGUCUCCCCGUCCGUCCACUA